AUGGCUGCACAGACUGCCCACGCUGAACCUCGCAUCGCCGACGACUGGCUCGAGGUCGACAGUGCGGCGUCGGUUGUGUCGCUCGACUCGCUCCCGACGACCGACGAUGAGGCUGACGACGAUGCUUCCCCGCCGAAAUCUCCAGUUCAGCCGUCUUCUCCACCUCGCCGUCCUCAAGACACUGUCUCCCGCUUCGAAACCCUCCCUCUUCGUCCAGCGCCAGCUCCAGCGCCCAUCGCAAUCCCCGUCCAACAGGCCUCAUUAGCGCCGCAUCAUCACGUCAGACGCCCCGACGCACUAGAGCCAGACCUGUACAGCGCCGAUGAUGCAGAGUCUCCCGACGUCGAGCCUCCCCGCCUUGAGCCUCCCCGCCUUGAGCCUCCCCCCCUCGACAAGGAGGAUGCUUGCAAGAAUGCCAACGAUCCCGGCUUCUACAAGUCGCUGUGCGCAGCCAUCGAGUCCAUCGACGUCGCUCCGUCUCCCAGCUUUGACAAGGAGAAUGCCGCCAAGAACGCCAACGACCCUAGCUUCUACUACAAGUCGCUGUGCGCCGUCAUCGAGUCCCUCGACGCCACCACCGCAAAAGCCAUCGCUCUCGGCGCAUCGCGCAUUUCGACUCUGUCGUUUCUCAAGUCUGCCUGCGAUGACCUUGCGACGCAUGCCAAGGACCUCAAGCCCAUCCUCGAAACGUAUGCCAAGCGCUGGGAGGCCAAGGGCUCUGGCAUGGCCGCUGGCGAGAUGCCGCUCAACGCUAGCUUGCUCGAGUGGAUAAACACCCUUCACAUGCAAUUGCUCAAUGCCCAGACCGAGAUGAAUCGAAUACAAAUCCAACACAAGCCUGGCCAGCCCGAUCGCUUGACCGCCAAGGCCAUCCCGCUGCAGGUCAAUGUCGCCUUGGCAGGUUGCGCAGAGGCUUUGGAGGAUUCACUCAUCACCAUGGAGGACUUUAUGCCCAUUUUUAAAGCCGACUUUGACGAGUCUCAGACACGAUGGAUGAGCAUGCCACUCAAAGACGUCGAUCGUGAGACACGCCCCCGACGAGACCUCCCACACCCAGACGUUACCCGAAUUCGACGUGAGCUUUACCAACUCAAGGACCAGGUCCGGAGGAGCUCUGUUUUCUUGAGCACGCUUUACAACACUGCCACUCAACCGCCGAUCCUCGAAGCUCCUGCUGUCAUCAAACGCUUGGACGGCCUUAUCGAGGGCAUCUCAACCAUUCUCACAAACAACGCCUCGGAGUGGAUUGAAUCCGAAUUGACCGAGGAAUCCCAAAAGGUCAUUCCGUAUCAUGAGUUUGUCGCUCUUGAUCCGGACGUCAUUCAUGAUGUGUCUGGGCAUCUCGAGGAGCUCCAGGAUCAAUUGGGUGUGGAUGGAGAGGAAUCCGGCAACUACACCGAGGGAAUGAUUCGCAAACAUCAAGCCGUCCUUCUCACACAGUGUGGGCAGUUGGACGAGUUGGUUUCCAUUGUUGAGUUGUUGGAAUCUUUGAUCUUGGCUAGAGUGUGA